AUUGAAAAUUAAUUGAAUUUGAAUGUCGGUAGACAUUAUUGUGAUGUGAAUGUAGCCUACGUUGUACACGAUUAGUUGUAGUAUAUGAAUGGCUUAGGUUGAUCAGUAUUAUCUGGGUACAAAGAAAAUUAAAUCGGGAGGCCGCAUAUCACAAUGAGAAGUUUGUAAUUUUUGUUACUUCUAUUAUUCAAAACACUUGUUUUAUUUUGUGCUAUGUAAGUCAUAUUUCUACAAUUUAUUGAUUUAUUAUUUCUGCCUCUGCUGUUAACAAGACGUCCUAUAAAAACAUAGGCCUGGGCCAUUUUAGGGAAAAGAAUUGCAAACUAAGAAUAUGUUACUAAUGUUUUAUUUAAUCUAACAGGGAGGUCAUGCCACGGACACGUAAAAAAUCUUAUAGACAGAAACAAAAUGCUAGACGUAAGAAAUUACAACUAGAGACUCCUGAACAUAAGGCUCUCCGACUAGAAAAGAACAGAACACGAGCAGCCAUAAGACGUGCUGGUGAAAAUGAAUUACAAAGAGAAAUUCGCUUAGCAAAGGAUAGAGCAAGACAGAACACUGUUAGAGCAAGUCGAAGAUCUACUGAGAAAUCUGUUUAUAAUAGACUAAAGUUUCUUGAAAAUGAUUCUACUUUUAAUGAAUUAACAAUAAAACAAAGUCUUGUUUAUGAACGAUUAAAAGCGCAACGAGAAGCAGCUGCUGUAAGGCAGGCUGAGCGCCGUCGCCAGGAAACUCCUGAGCAGAGAGCUAUCCGUCUAGAGAAGGAUAGGAUCAGAGUGGCUAUGUCUCGUGCAAAUGAGACUGAAGAAGCAAGAGCUAUUCGUCUUGCCCGCCAACGUCAUCAAGUUAAUGCUGCUCGUUUGCGUUUGAAAUAUAAAGCUCAGCUACUACCUGGGCAGGUUGAUACUAUUAACAGUCUACAAAAUAAACCAAUUUUUGAUCCAAUACAUAAGAUGUUUGAAAACCAAUUUAAUAAUCUAAAUAAUGACAAUUUUAUUGAACAAUCAAGAGCAAUAGCUGAAUUUCACGGAAUAUACCAUCAACUUAAGACCUACACUUCAUUAAGCAAUUAUCCGCAGAUAAUAUCAGAAAGUUGUGAAAAUGAGGAAGCAACAUUUGAAGAUUACCCAGAAAGUGAUGCCAGCCCUGUGUAAGAUUUUUUAUAUGACUUUAGCUUAAUAAAUUGUCGCCUAAUGAACUGAGCCUUGAAUGUGGUUUAUAUA